AAGGUACCUCCGUCUUUCCCUCUUUCGACAUGCGGUCCUCGCCGUCUCUCGCAUCGUUUGCGGCGGCACUUGCUUACUCUCCUUUACUGUCUCUUGCUGCUGAUGCGCAAGCAUACUCCUGGAAGAACGUGAAGAUCGGCGGUGGCGGUGGCUUCGUGCCCGGCAUUGUGUUCAACCCGAGCGAGAAGGGUCUGGCCUACGCUCGCACCGACAUCGGAGGCGCUUACAAGCUCAACUCCGACGACACGUGGACACCCCUCCUCGACUUCGCCAACAGCGAAACCUGGAACUACUGGGGCGUCGAUGCGCUUGCGACGGACCCCGUUGAACCCAACCGCCUCUACCUCGCCACGGGCGAGUACACAAAUGACUGGGACCCCAACAACGGGCAUAUCCUGAUUUCGGAGGAUUAUGGCGAAACGUUUACCGCUGUCGAGCUGGACUUCAAGGUCGGAGGUAACAUGCCAGGGCGUGGAAUGGGCGAGCGUCUAGUUGUCGACCCUAACGACAACAGUGUACUUUACUUCGGCGCGCGAAGUGGUAAUGGGCUGCUCAAGUCGACCGACUAUGGCGCGACGUGGGAGGCAGUCUCUGGGCUUCCCAGCGCGGGAACGUACGUAGCCGACCCCAGCGAUGCCACGGGCUACAACAGCGAUAUCAUUGGCGUCUCGUGGGUCACCUUCGACUCGACCUCCGGUAGCUCUGGGAGUCCCACUCCUCGCAUCUUCGUCGGCGUUGCGAGCGCGGGCGAAGACAACAUCUUCGUGUCUGAAGAUGCUGGUGCUACGUGGGACGCGGUCGCUGGACAAAACAACACGUUCAUACCCCACAAGGGCGUUCUUUCGCCGUCUGAGGGGCUGCUCUACAUCUCAUACAGCAACGGCGCUGGACCGUAUGAUGGCACAUUGGGCUCGGUUUGGAAGUAUGAUAUCGCGAGCAGCAACUGGACGGAGAUUACCCCCGCUUCUGGCGAUGACCUCUUCUUCGGCUUCGGUGGCGUCGCCGUCGACCUCCAGAACCCCGGCACCAUCCUCGUCGCCGCCCUCAACGCGUGGUGGCCCGAUGGCCAAAUCUACCGCUCCACCGACAGCGGCGCCACCUGGUCCCCCCUCUGGGACUGGGGGGCAUACCCCGAGAUUCACAAGUACUACAGCUACCACAACGACCUCGCGCCGUGGCUCGGGCCGAACUACGUCGUGACGGAGCUCGGGACGCUGCAGAUUGGGUGGAUGAUGGAGGCGCUGGUGAUUGAUCCCUUUGACUCGGACCAUUGGUUGUAUGGGACGGGGGCGACGAUUUAUGGGGGGCAUGAUUUGACGGCGUGGGACUCGAAGCACAACGUGUCGAUUAGCUCGUUGGCAGACGGGAUCGAGGAGGAUGCGAUCUUGGGGCUCAUCUCGCCGCCUACUGGACCUUCGUUGCUUUCCGCCGUGGGUGACAACACUGGCUUCGUCCACGAAGACCUCGACACGGCACCGUCCACCCGCUUCCAGAACCCGGAGUGGAGCACGUCGGUCGACAUCGACUAUGCCGGCAACGUACCUACCACCAUCGUACGUGUUGGGAACGCGGGAGACGACCCCCAGCAGCUGAUCGCGCUCUCCACUGAUUCCGGCGCCAAUUGGAACCCCAGCUACGCAUCCAGCACGGACGUCCAGGGCGGCAAAGUCGCCAUCAGCGCUAACGCCACCAGCAUCGUCUGGAGCUCAUCUAGUAACGGGGUCCUCGUCUCGAAGAAUUCCGCCUCCUUCACCGCCGUCUCCAGCGUGCCCUCCGGCGCCGUCAUCGCUUCUGACAAAGUCAACGAUUCCGCCUUCUACGCCGCCUCCGGUUCCUCGUUCUACGCCUCCACCGACGGCGGCGCCUCCUUCAAUGAGACCGCCACGCUCGGGGACUCGACCGCGCCCUUCGACAUUGCGGUGAACUUCAACACGGUGGGCGAUGUGUGGGUGUCGACGGAUAAGGGGUUGUUCCACUCGAACGACAACGGGGCGACGUUCACCGCGAUCGAUGGAAUCUCGCAAGCGUGGGCGCUGGGGCUGGGCGCAGCGAAGGAGGAGGGCGCGUACCCGGCGGUGUUCGUCGCGGCGACGUUGGGCGGGGUGUCGGGGUACUAUCGCUCGGACGACGAAGGGGCCACUUGGGUGCAGAUAGAUGAUGCGAAGCAUGGGUUUGGGGCGCCGGGGUCGAAUGUGUUGACGGGGGAUCCGAGGAUUUAUGGGAGGGUCUACAUCGGCACGAACGGCCGCGGGAUCUUCUAUGGUGACAUCGCUUGAAGCACAAGAGAAUGAUUGUAUAGGGUAUAUUGGGCUAAAUACUGUAACAUUCGUUGGAUUGCUUUAUCUGGACUGUUUCUCUUCCUCCCGAAGCUAUGCCCUCUUGUCAGUGGGUUGGAAUGUGUUUGACGUCGAAGUACCCACCUCAAAGAUACGCUUGCGAUCCUGCAACUUGACGCCUCGACAAGACGUAAGCUUGAUAUUCUCAAGCCGGGCACAAGCGUCG